UUAUAACCGAACUGGAUCUCCGUUCGUCGCCCUCACGCGAAGACUGCGAUUCCCGCCGUCAGUCCCCUUCCUUCCCAGACAGCAAUCAGAGAUUUCGGUCGCCAUGGAUCCUCAGCCAGAGCCAGUCAGCUACAUCUGUGGAGAUUGUGGGACGGAGAACACUCUGAAGCCCGGCGAUGUCAUCCAGUGCCGAGAGUGCGGUUAUCGUAUCCUCUACAAGAAGCGCACCCGCCGAAGUAAUUCUUCUUUCCCUUUGCCCUACUCUAUUUCAAUCGCGAGAAAUAGGGUUGAUGUGCUAUCCUUGGGUUUAAUUCUCGCUCUCAAUCACUACUCCACUGGUCGUGAACUCGUGAUUCAAGUGAUGCUCCCUUUUUGGGCUCUUUUGUUUUAUUGGUAGGAUGGAGGAUUCCCUAUCUCCAUUCCUAUAUCGCCCAUGCUUGUAGGCUCAUCUUUUCACCGCAUUACAAUCUGAGAAAGUGUAAUUGGAGAAAUCUGAAUGCUAAAGGUUGUGACUUGGGUUACCUUGACAGAUAUUAAGCUGUACACUGUAUCUCCUAUCGUGAUGAGAUACUUUUCAUCCUUUUUUUUUUCUUCUUUUUUUGGGGGGACAAAAGACACUUUCCGAAUUUCGUCAUUGCUACCUCUAAAUAAGCACACACUUUGGGGUUUCAAGUAGCGAUGGGAGUGCGAAAGCAUUUUGUACUGUUCCUGGUUGUUGUUCUGCAUUUUAGUUCACGCCAUCUUACUGACAAAGUUCUUUCACAUUGCUGCUCAAUGAUUCUAACACAGCAUCUGUGUGCUUUUGGUUGCAGUUGUUCAGUACGAGGCACGCUAGAGAACGAUUCUUCACUUGCUGAUGACUGUGUUUACUUGAGUUGUUUGUGAUAAUCUGAAAGGGCUAUGUUUGCCAGUAACUAAGACAAUAUAUAAUGAAUAUAUUGAUGUUGG